GUGUAUCGGAUCGCGCCGGGCUAUUCAGAUGUCAAAACAUAACUGUACAUAGAUUAGCGUGGGUAGGGGAAUGUUGGGGGUAUAAAGGCGGGUCGGGAGGCUGCGUUCCAUCACACUAACUUGUCCCUCAGAGCUGAACACAUCGCAGUGAUGGAAUCUUACUUUGAUAACAUGGAAUCUGACAGUGAAUAUAUGGGCCGAAGAAAGGGUCGAAAGAUGAUGGCCGAAAAACGUCGACGAGCCAGAAUCAACCAAAGCCUGUCAAAAAUCAAAAGCAUCGUGUGUGCGGCACAUCAACGAAAUGACCCAAACUAUGACAAGAUGGAGAAGGCCGAGAUUCUGGAGACGACUGUAGAUUAUCUGAGGAAUGUCAGGAAGAUCAACACCACACAUCAACACGUGAAAGAAGCAGUUCAAGCCAGAUUCCAUCAUGGCUUCUCCAAAUGUGCUGAAGAAAUACUCUCCUACAUUCAGUCUCUGCCAGGAGUGUCGGACAAUGUACACCAUCAGCUGAGAAAACACAUCUCUCGACGUAUGACGCACAUUCAGCAGGUGCCCGCGACGUCAUCAACAGAUGAUGUGACGUCAUACACAAGUCAGUGCUCCGAGCGACUGAGAACAGUACCUUCCCACAAUUCCAAAUAUCAACAUCCUGCUGCACAUGCGUACAUGAACAGGACAGUGUGCACUUCCCCCGUGAAGGAGGACAAUAGUUUUUCAGACAGUGGAUAUGCUGGUUCUCCUGAAAGUGUCAAACAAUCCACCCCAAGAACCGGACGCUAUCACUCCAGUCUCUCGUAUUCAGAACUUAGAUGUAAAGUACCGUCAGAAAUGGUUGACAAAGACUCGAGAGUGAGAGCGUGGCUCCAGAGCACGUGGUCCUACUCACAGCAGAUUAGGACGGAGCAACAGGUUCCAUGGAGGCCCUGGUAAAAUGCUCCAUGCAACUUUAUAUUUUGGACACGUCAUAAUGGUGCUUCUUUAUAUCGGUCUUUUCAUAUACAUUGUCUGUGAUAAAUUAUAUUUGUAGAUAAAGAUGUAUUAUUUAACUCUUGUAUCCUUCGUUGUUUUUACGGAUUCAUGAUGCGCCUAUUCUAAUCAAGAUGUACUGGUGUAUG